CUCCACUCGAACUAACAUACCCCACAUUCCGUCAUUAUUAAUCCACAAUGCCACGUUCUGGAUGUCGGACAAGGGACGGUGGAAGCUUCCAUAAGGCUGGGAGAUUUAAACAUGCUUAAGCGCCUCGGUUUCCAUGGCAUAUCUUUGACCUCCUCGAACUCAACAUCACGUCGUCCUAUCUGAACUUUGACAACGUAUCAUUGCAGUCUAGUAUAACUUUGUAACAAUCCUAGAAUAGCACCAGAAAGAGCUAUACAAGAUGAAGGAGGCACAAGUAGCAAAGGACCUCAAGGUCACCGUCAAGGACGUCGCUGUCCCUGAGCCACAGGCGAACCAAGUCAUCAUCAAAGUUGUUGUUUCCGGAAGUAAUCCCAAGGACUGGAAAAUCCCCGCCUAUGACAUGAAACCCGACUUCAACAGUGGCGACGAUAUCGCAGGCUACGUCCACAGUGUUGGCCCCAAUGUCUACGAGUUCAAGGCCGGCGACCGGGUCGCCUCCUUCCACGAGAUGAUGACGCCUGGUGGUUCCUUUGCCGAAUACGCCGUAGGAUGGGCGCACACUACCUUCCACAUCCCCUCCUCCGUCUCCUUUGAACAAGCCGCCACCCUCCCCCUCGCCGCCAUGACAGCGGCAAUCGGCCUGCACCAACGCAUGGGUCUGCCUGAUCCCUGGACACCCGCCAAGGAGCCCACUCCGCUCGUCGUGUACGGUGGCGCCGGCUCCGUAGGCGCAUUCGCAAUCAAGCUUGCUCAAAAGGCAAACAUCCAUCCCAUCAUCGCCGUCGCGGGUAAAGGCGAGAAGUUCGUAGAGGGCUUGAUUGACCGCUCAAAGGGCGACACGAUAGUAGAUUACCGCAAGGGUGACGAAGCCGUCGUCAAGGGCAUCAAGGAUGCCCUCAAGGGCCAGAAAUUGCACUACGCGUACGACGCCGUCUCGGAACACAACUCCUACACAAACCUUGUCCAGGUCCUCGAACCAGAGGGCCAACUUACUUUGGUCCUGCCGGGCAAGAAGUACGAGGGUAUUCCGGAGAGCGUGAAGAAGUCUGAGACUAUGGUGGGCACAGCGCACGGCGAGGACAGCGAUUAUGCGUUUAUCAUGUUUAGAUACAUGGCGAGGGGAUUGGCGGAAGGUUGGUUUACACCGCAUCCGCAUGAGGUUGUACCCGGUGGGUUGGAAGGUGUGCAGAAGGGGUUGGAGAAUUUGAGGGAUGGCAAGGCAAGUGGAGUCAAGUACGUGUUCAAGAUCGGACAGGAGUAAGGAAAUGUUGUAGAUGGCUGAGAUGCAAUUGAAAUGCAUUUCUAUGCCCUAUUGCUGGGCUUAAAACAUGAUAGAACUUGGACGUUAAAACCAUACGCAUAAUCAGAGUGCGU